GCCGGGGCGGGCGGCGGGGCCCGGCGGGCGGCCGGCGCCAUGGGCACGGUGCUGUCGCUGUCGCCGAGCUACCGGAAGGCCCCGCUGUUCGAGGAGGGGACGGCCACGGUGGGGCAUUACACGGCGGUGCAGAACAGCAAAAACGCGAAGGAGAAGGGCCUGAAGCGGCACUCGCUCAUCUCGGUGCUGCCCUGGAAGCGCAUCGCCGCCGUCUCGGCCAAGAAGAAAAGCUCCAAAAAGGUGCAGCCCAACGGCGGUUACCAGAGCAACGUCACCCACCUCAACAACGAGAACCUGAAGAAAUCGCUCUCCUGCGCCAACCUCGCCACCUUCGCGCCCCCGCCGCCCUCCUCCUCCUCCUCCUCCUCCGCCGCCGCGCUCCCCCCGGCUCAGAAGAACCCCCCCGGGGGUCCCGCCGCCGCCACCGCCACCCCGCGCCGCGUGGUGGUCCAGGCGUCCACCAGCGAACUGCUGCGCUGCCUGGGCGAGUUCCUGUGCCGCCGCUGCUACCGCCUGAAGCACCUCUCGCCCACCGACCCGGUGCUGUGGCUGCGCUCCGUGGACCGCUCGCUGCUGCUGCAGGGCUGGCAGGACCAGGGCUUCAUCACGCCGGCCAACGUGGUGUUCCUCUACAUGCUGUGCCGCGACGUCAUCUCGGCCGAGGUGGGCAGCGACCACGAACUUCAGGCGGUGCUGCUCACCUGCCUGUACCUCUCCUACUCCUACAUGGGCAACGAGAUCUCCUACCCGCUGAAGCCCUUCCUGGUGGAGAGCUGUAAGGAGGCCUUCUGGGACCGCUGCCUCUCCAUCAUCGACCUCAUGAGCCCCAAGAUGCUGCAGGUCAACGCCGACCCCCACUUCUUCACGCAGGUCUUCGCCGACCUCAAGAAGGAGAGCGGCGCGGAGGAGAAGGGCCGUCUGCUCAUCGGGCUCGACCGGUGAGCCCCGCAGCGCCCCGACCGCCGCCGCCCCGAGGUGACUCCGCCGGAGGCUUCCCCUCCCCCCGUCCGUUAUCCCCACCGAGGCGGCCCCCAUUCGGGGCUCCCGCCGCCCCAUCCGUUCUCCUCUCCGAGGCGGCCCGGAGGAGGGCUCUCCUCGGCCCGCCGCCGAUUCCCUUCGAGGUGACCCCGGCACCGACGAUCCCCAUUGAAGUGACCGACGGAGGGGUCGUGGUGUUGGAGCCCCGCGCCGCCCCGUCCGCGUCCCCUGCAGUCGGGCGGCCGCGGCCCCCAGCGCCGACCCCGCGGCGGUGGUUGCGGGUCGGGGUUCCCGUCGGGCACCGACCCGGGAGUGUUGGAAGGACCUCCGGGACGGCAUCUGCUGCUAUCGGACAAACCCCAACCAGCGGGGAACCGCCGCCAGCCCCCCACCCUCCCUUCUCUCAUCGUUGCUUUGACAGUGGUAUCGCGCAUGCAGCCAUCGGAGCAUUUUGUGUCUUCGGGAAUUAAAAAAAAAAAAGAAAAAAAAAAAAACCGAAAAAAAAAGGGAAAAAACGACAACAACAACAAAAAAAACACGCUCACACACAACGACAACAAAAAAACCCAACCCGGAGCGGGGCCGCAGCCCCGCCGCACACGGUGCCAUUCCUCCAUCGCUGUACAUUGGGAUCCGCUGCAGCUCCACGCGUCCGUUUUUUUUUUUUUUAGUGCAAUCUCCUCCGUAGAUCUGUUGACCAAAUUGGUGGGUAUUGUUCUUAAUUUAUAUCUUCGUCUCCUUUUUGUAUGUGUGUGUUUAGUGCGUUUGUACGUAUGUGUGGUUUAUAACCCGACAGACCGUGUCGCGGGGCCCCGUGUGCCUGUAAUUUAAUGCCCCCCCCUCCCCUCCCCCUUAUUUUUAUUUAUUUUUGUACUGUGCUGAUGAAAUAAAACGCACUGAGCAUCCA